AUGCAAGUAAUGCAAGUACGUUUUAUAUUACUUUUAUCGCUUUUGGGAUCUGCAGUAUCUGAUGAUUAUGAUGAUGAUAGUGAUUGUGAGGAUUGUGAACGAGCUAGAGCUCGUUUGAAUUCCGUGUGUGGCUCGCAACCUACAGAUAAUGAGAACAUUGAACGUUAUCUUCAAUGUAUUUGUGGGAUGAAUGAGGACUUUUUCGAUGAUUAUAGCGACUGCAUUCAAGAUUGCCGUAGAUUUGAUCUUUACGAACCACGUACAGACGAGCGUCAACUACGUCAAUUAUAUUGCGAUAUGGCCAGUGAUGCAACAUCUGUUUUGCAAGUUAUUUCAACGCAAACCAGUAAUAUUCCAGGGUUGUUGGCUUGGAACAGUGCAACGUUUACAAGAGGUGAUGCAAGUGGGCAAACUAGCCAAGCAAAUGCGCAACCAAGUCAAACAAAUGCGCCAACUAGUCAAACAAAUGCGCCAGCUAGUCAAACAAAUGCGCCAGCUAGUCAAACAAAUACUGCAAACAAUAAUCAAGCACCAGCAAAUAGUGCAAGUAAUGGUCAAGGACCAAUGACAAAUGUUGCGAAUAACCAAGGAGAUGGUAGAGAAAAUACAGGUAGUGCGCAACGAAAUGGCUCACAAAAUAAAAGAAUCGAUACAAUUUUGAUGCUUGCCUUGGCAUUAAUAUAA